GGGGGGGGGGGGGGGGUCCGUCCUUGAGCUGCGCUGCUGCCGCAUCCCUAAACGGCUAAAUCCACAAAGGCGACGGCAGUAGUAAAGCGAUAGAACCCGAGUCCACCUCUCUCCGGCGAUCGCUGGAGACAGAUACUGCCGGAGCCACCACAGGUGGCCCUCGUGCGCUGCCUGCCUUCGCCACCGUAGCAGAUGUCUAGUAGCUCCAAUGGCCACUAUCCUGCUAAUGGUGCAAAUGUUCUUCAUAAAAGAGAAAAAAAUAAAGAGAAAGUACAGCUCAACAAAAAUGCAGCUUCUAGGGCCUGUCAGGACAGGCAAUAUAUUGAGAAAUUGGAAACAGAGCUGAGGAAUUGUUAUCAGGAAAUUGACUAUUUGCAGGAUCAGUUAAAUAUACGGAACGUUGAAGCAAACAUCAUGGGAGAGCAUAUUCACAGCCUUGAGCUGAAGCUGACUGAACUUGAAAAGUUUCCAGAAAGAGUGAGAGUUAUGGACAAUGAGCUGAUAAGAUCUGAUUCUCAGUGCUGGCUUCUGAUGGAAGAAGUUCGAUGUAAAGAAGAGGAGUUGCAAAAGGCAGCCUCACAAAUAGAGAAUCUUGAAAGUGCAGCUUUAGAUUCACAAUGCGAAAUUGAGGGCUUGAAACUUGAUUUAACUACUCUUGAGCAGAGACUAUUUGAUGCCGAGAGCUUUGCCCAACAUGCUGCUGAGCACAAAGCUAGGAUUGAUAAACAAUUGGGAGAACGUGAACUCCAGCUGCAUGAGGCACAAAAAAAUAUUGAUCAACUUGUACUAGAGAAUAAGCAACUGAAAGAGUUGUUGCCUGUAAGAGCUCCUAAACGAUCCCCUUCUACAGCUGGGGAGCAACUUGACAAAGCAUUGGAGAACGGUGGCCAUGCAGGAUAUGAAAGGGAUAAUGUAGUUCUUGAAAGGAUGGCAAAGCAAAAUGAAGAAUCUGAACUUCUAAUUGAGCAGCUCAAGGAAGAACUUCGAGAACAGAAGUUAAAGGCAAAAGAGGAUGCGGAAGAUCUCACUCAAGAAAUGGCUGAACUGAGAUACCAGAUAACAGGCAUGCUUGAGGAAGAAUACAAGCGUCGAUCUUGCAUUGAGCAGGCAGCUAUUCAACAUAUUCAGGAGCUGGAGGCUCAGGUCUCCAAAGAGAAGAGAAAAUUGAGUGGGGCACUAAAGCGAUUGCAGGAAUCACAUGAACUAGCCCAUGCACAAGCUAUGGAGAUUAAGAAGUUGAAAGAUGCUUUAGAGAGGUUUAACUCUGCGGUGAACCUCGGGACAGUUUGCAAAUCUUGCUCUUGCGGGUUCUGUGCAAUGUUGAUAGAGCUGUCUAAUUGCUCAAUUGAAGGAUCAUCUGUUGCCAGAUCUCCCAAUGCAAACCAUAUUGAUGAGAACUCACGGAACCAGCCGCUAGUAGAGUGGCGUCCUGAGGAAGCAUCAGAUGGUGACGGCGGGUAGAAAGUUAGAAGGCCAAAAAGCAUGUACAUUCGAGUGUGCAAUUGUUGUAGAUAAUUCUUUGUAUCGCCAUUUCUGUCUGUAAAUGCGUAUGCAUUUGUUACAUUUAGUUAGCUGUUCGGUUUUCCAGAUUACUUUUCUAGUUUCCUAUGGGAGUUAAGCUCCGAUGGCAGCAAAAAUGUAAUUUGUAAAAUUUCACUUCUGUCAUGAAAUUAUUUAGCCUGCAA